GCCGCUUCGACGCACAUAUUAGUGGCGCUGUCACAUAACUCUGUAACCUCCAAUUUAAAUGUUUCUUUUCUUCUGAGGAAAUGGUUAUUGGACAAGUUGCUUCCAUCAGAUGAGAGAUCCAGCACAGCUAUGAACCUUCAGCAGCAUUCCAUGCAAAUAUCAUUAUCUGCCUCUGUGGGGAAUCUCAGCUCAGCCAUGGAGAACUGUUCCUUUGAGGCCAUCAACGCACUUGUACACUCGCUCCACUUAGCGGUCUACAUCCCCGUCUUCAUUGUGGGAAUCAUCCUGAACGCACUGGCUCUAAUUGUUUUCUGCAGGGUUUUAAAGAAAUGGACAGAAUCCACUAUUUACAUGACCAACCUGGCGCUAAUGGACCUGCUCCUGCUUUUAAUACUGCCUUUCAAAAUCCACGCCACAAUAGACUUUACAGGGACCAUGCAGAAGACCUUUUGCAUGUUUCUGGAAACCCUCUACUUUGUCGGCAUGUACGGCAGCAUUUUCACCAUCGUGUGCAUUUGCGUGGAUCGGUACAUUGCCAUCAAGCACCCUUUCCAUGCAACAACCUUAAGGUCUCCGGCAAAGGCAUUCUGGGCGUGCGCCGUAAUCUGGGUUUUAGUGUGGCUGGGAAGCAUACCCGUGUACGACUUCCACAGCGACAGCUACGCCAACAUCAGGUGUUUUCACAAUUUCUCAAAGACCAUGUGGAACCCCACCGUGAUCAUCGCGGUGGAGCUGUUCGGGUUCAUCAUCCCCAUGGUGGUCCUGGUGGUCUGUUCCGUGAAGAUUAUCAAGACCCUCCAGAAAAAGAACUCCCACAGGGACAGUGUGAGCCACAGAUCCUGUGUGCUGAUCAUUUACGCCAACCUGCUUGUGUUUCUGGUUUCUUUCACGCCAAGCCAUUUGGGGAUUUUCCUUCAGUAUCUGGUUAGAGGAGACAUCAUUACCGACUGCAGAGCAAAACAAAACAUAAGUCUGUUUGUCCAGGUGUCAAUGUGUCUGUCUAACGUCACCUGCUGUCUAGAUGCAUUUUGUUAUUACUUUGUUACAAAAGAGACUCGCUUGACCGAUUCCUUCAGGAGGACCCUGAGUUUCAGAAAUACUUCCUCAACUACUGAAGUAUGAUACGGUUGCAUUAUCUUUUGUGGAAAGUACUGUAAUUACAACCAGCUGAUCAAGAUAGUUUGUCUGGUCUGUGACUGUUGUGGUGGGAAAAUGAUCAUGCAACUGUUUUCAACCCCUAUUUGGAAACUAUGCAAAAAAAAAAAAAAUCACAUUUUGCAAUGGGUCAUUUGCAUGUUGCCUGAAAAGAAGAAAUGCAUGACUAUGCAUGACUAUAACUGAUGUGUCCAGCUGUAAAUAUAUUUCGACAUACAUGAUUAUUUUGAUCGUUUUAUUCACACUUCCCAUCUCAGUUCAAGAGUAUACUGUAAAUUACAAGCAUCCUUCAGUUUUCUUGUCUGUAGCAACGUUAAAAUUACAAAUGCCAAUUUUUGAAUUAUAAGGUGCACAUUUUGUAUAACACCCACCCCUGGACAGCUCUGUGUUACAUCCCUUGCAUAACACUGGACUACCUUAUUUUGUCAAAAAAAAUGGUAACGUUAACAUGCUUUAGAAAAUUGUGUUUGAUAUAAGUGUGGAUA